GAUUUGUCAUUAUGAAAACGUCAUCCCACUUAUUUAUGAGAAAUCUCAGAAAUAUUUUACCACCACGAAAGAUGGAAAAACAUUCAAAUAACAGCAACAAUAUUUCAGCAGAUAGUUUGGAGGAAAAUUUCAGAAAUAAAACUUUACUGGUGGAUACAAAUUCAGAUGAUAAUGUUGAAACAGUGGUCGUGCCGUUUUACGAUAAAGACGUGGUCAUGAGGGUACCGAAAGACAUAAAACGUAUAAAACAAGAAAAAAUGAAGCCAAAACCAAAAGUAAAAAAAGAACAGAAUGCUUCGAGCUAUCUCAUUAACAAAAAUUUGCAAGGCAAACGCUCAAGCACAUACUUAGAGAAAUUCCGGACUCAGUUCCUCCCAAAUUAUAUCGAAAAUAAACAGAACGAACCAGAGAUUCGUUCUAUCUCACCCGAAGUCGGAGAUACAGACAGAGGCAACUUGAGCUUUGGGGACGAAGAACAGAGCAAUCCUAUCGAAGAAUUUCAUAACACGGAAGUCUACAAUGAAAUAUACUACGAGAACCUUCUUCAGAGGGAGGUACCUAACUAUUCAGACACUUCUUCGGUUGAAGAUGUAUGUUUCAAUUAUGAUUUAGAAAACAAGUCACCUGAGGAUAACCUUAAAAGCGUUUCUGAAGUUUCUCAACCUCGGCGACCAUUUAGGCGUGUUAUGUUGGAACCUAAUGUUAAUGUCAAGCUUGGAGGUCUCGGUCCCGAUCUAGAGUCGAUGAGACCUCAGAUGAUGAGAACUAGAAGUCUCCAAAGAUACUCUGACAGGGUUAGAGAGGCGAAUAGGGUCAGUAUUUACAAGAAAACCGUUACCGAAAAUAAACAGAGCGACAUGGAAUGUGAACUAAAGUCGGAAAGAAAGUCGACUCAUCGUACACCAACACGAAGGGUGACGGAAGAAAAAGUAUCGUAUUUAGUCAAUAAAUCUGCUGACAAAACUGUCCAAGUGCUGCGUAAAAGUCAUGUUUCGAAGUCGACUAAUCCAAAUAAGAAGAGUGAGGUACAGGAAAACGAUGGUGAACAUUCAAAUAGGAAGUCAGCAGGCAAGAAGGCCUUGGAGAAACUGAGGCACCGAAACAAACCUGCACAUGUUGUUGACGUUGAGAAAAGAAUGAAAAAUGAUUCAAUAGAAGUGAGAGUCAAAAGUGGGACUAAAACUAUUAAAACGGAAAUAAAACCGAAGAACAACCUCCAAGUACCUCCAAUUCAUAUAAGCUUCCUUGUUAAUGUUGAGCAUAACACUGGCAAUGCGUUAAAGAAUCUCGAGGAGAAACACCGUCGGUAUCAGGAGAUGGUUAAACAGUAUGUAAAUGAUUAUUCUUAAUUUAAUUUUAAUUUAUUGCUUAUAUUUACGGUGUUUUUAAUUAUUGUUGCUGAAACACAUUUUAAUAAAGGUUACUGAAUAAAACGGA